GCGCGGAGUGGUUGCCAGGCGACGAGAACGCGAUACUGUGUAUCAGUGGAGCCUUGUGAUUUCCCUGGAGUCCCCGGCCGCCUGCAGCUGCGGCACCAUGUACCAGACCAUGGAGAUCUUCAUGGCAAGGAAGAAGAGAGUGUCAGACCGGCCCCUGCCAAAUACUUACAGAAUAUUCGAUGAAAAUGUAUUCAACGUCAGUUUGGAUCAAAGUGCGCUCAGCCCUCCUGUUUUGUUUAAGAAGUCAGAACAUCCUCCACCGCAUCCCAGGUCUCCGCACCGAAACAACAUGCCUCAUCCGUACCAUGCGAGGGUCAUUCGAGACAAUGUUAGGUUUCUGAAUGAGCCUAUAGCGUACAUGUUAACCUCAAACAGCAGACACAAGCAGGCAGAGUGGUGGCCAAGCCAUGAAGAAAGCAGAAAUCUUCACAACCCUCUUUACGAUCGAAUGACUACGCAGAGAAGUGACUUCAUGCCCUUCACUUAUUCUAGUCCUCAAACUCGACAUGGCUGCAACCCACACAAAUCCCCUUUGCAUGGAAUAGUUCCUCUAGCAACUCCCAGGGGUAGAAAUCGGCUGCCAAAACUAUUACAGGAGGAGAUUUCCUUUUUGCAUCAAUACGAUUCAAGAUUAACACCCAAUGAACCAAUUCGAGGGAAGCGUCAUGGAGGCUUUGUGUGGAGAGAGAUAAAAACAGAGAGUGGUUCAGCCGUUCCUCAGGGAACCAGGCUGUUCCUAAAUGCCACAGGGUCACAUGCACUCAAUAGCUACAAACAGAAAGAGGAAACUCAGUGGAAAGCAGCAUGACCUCACCCAAUAUCUGCCUGCAUGGUUCCCAGCAGAUGUUUUACGGCUGAAGCUCAUUUCUCAAAAAACAGAAUUCAGGGAAGAGCCAAAGACCUAUCCCUAAAGUACAGGACAGACCGGGCAGUUCUCAGACAUCCAGAAGAAAUUCCCAGUCCUCUACUUGUAAAGUAUUAUCAAGACAGCUAGAGGAAUCCAAUGGGAUAUAUGACUUUCUUCCUGCACAUUUAUAAGGCCUACAGCCGAAUCAUUGUGCAAACCUGACAGCAAACACUAUCUGAAAUCAAUGUAUUGGCUACAUCUAUAAAGUAUAUGGAAAAUUAUUCCUGUUUUACCCUUUUUAUGUGUGCCUCCAAAAAGUCCUAAAGCGUUU